AUGGUAUCAUUUAAAUUAAAUAGUAAUUCGCAGGCGAAAACCCAAGAAAUGAAUUUAGAUAAUGUAAUUGAUAUAGAAAAAAGAGUUUUAACUAGUCAGGAUUAUGUAUCCCUCAGUUCACAAGAAAAACUUAAACUUUCUUCCUGGGGUCUCCCCUUAAAAGUAUUGGAUUUUUAUAAAAGCAAAGGAAUCAUCAAUAUGUUUCCUUGGCAGCUUGAAUGUUUAUCUUUGGGAAGGGUACUCGAAGGUGGUAAUUUGGUGUAUUCUGCUCCAACUUCAGCUGGAAAAACAUUGGUGGCUGAAAUAUUAAUUUCAAAGUCGAUAUUUGAAGUUCAAAAGAAAGCUUUAAUGAUUUUGCCAUUUGUGUCAGUUGUUCGAGAAAAAAUGUUUUAUUUUCAAAGUAUGUUUGGCUCAAGUGGAAUUCAUGUUGAGGGGUACAUGGGUGGUCAUUCACCAUCUAUUUCUUUCAAACAAGUUCAUUUAGCAGUUUGUACAAUAGAAAAAGCAAAUGCUAUAAUUAACAGGUUACUCGAAGAACAAAGUCUCCAGAAUUUGGGAUUAGUAAUUGUUGAUGAAUUGCAUUUAUUAGGUGAUCCAUACAGAGGAUAUUUAUUGGAAUUACUUCUUACAAAGUUAAAAUAUAUAUCUGAAAAAUCAGAUUUUAAAAUUCAGAUUGUUGGUAUGUCAGCUACAUUACCUAAUUUAAAAUCUUUGGCUGAUUGGCUUUUAGCUGAUUUAUAUUACACAGAUUUUCGUCCAGUUCCUCUUAAAGAGACUCUUAAAUGUGGUAGUUUUUUUUUUGAUAAGCAUUUAAAUAAAGUAUCAGAACUAAAAAUUUUAGAAGCUGAAUUAUCAGAUGAUGCAGAAAAUGUUGGUCAAUUAUGUUUGGAAACCAUUGCAAAUGGUCAUUCUGUUCUCAUAUUUUGUCCAACAAAAGUAUGGUGUGAAAAUUUGGCAGAUAAAAUUGCAAUGUUUUUUAAAAAAAAUGGAUGCCAUAAAUCUGCAGAAAUCGAGGGAACUCCUGGAUGGAUUUUAAGAAAACAGCUAAAUUUAAAAAAAAUAAAUGAAGUUAUUGAACACUUAAAAAUGUGUCCAGUUGGGCUUGAUACUGACUUACAUAAAACUGUUUCUUACGGAGUUGCUUUUCAUCAUGCAGGGUUAACUCUUGAUGAAAGAGAUAUUAUUGAAGGUUCAUUCCGAAAAGGUUCCCUAAGAGUACUAUGUGCUACCUCUACAUUAUCUUCAGGUGUUAAUUUACCUGCGAGAAGAGUAAUUAUUAGAUCACCAAUGUCUUUUGGUGGAAUAAUGGAUAUUUUAACUUACAGACAAAUGAUAGGUAGAGCAGGUAGAAUGGGAGUUGAUAGUGAGGGAGAAAGUAUUUUAAUUGCAAAACCAAAUGAAAAAACUUUAUGUCAAACUUUAAUGUGCUCCACAUUAAAGCCAAUUGAAAGCUGUUUAGGCCACGGAAGAUUAUCAGCUAGUUUAAAACGUGCUCUUCUUGAAAUUAUCGCAAGUGGAAUUGCAGCAACUCCUGAAGAAGUUGACAAAUAUGCUAGUUGCACUUUUCUUGCUUUUAGCUCUAAACAUGAUAUUCAGGUAAGAAAUCGAGUGAUGUUGUUUCAUAAGUUAAAUAAUAAAAUUUUCAUAAAUGAAACUUUAAAGGAUCCAAUCAAGUCUUGUAUUGACUUUUUGGAAGAAAAUGAAUUUAUAAGACUGCAAGAAAACGGGACCAUUUUCACUCCUACGCCGUUGGGAAAAGCCUGUUUAGCUUCUUCUUUGCCUCCUGACGAGGGGUUAGCUUUAUUUAGGGAACUUCAAAGAGCGAGACGUUGUUUUGUACUGGACACUGAUCUUCACAUUAUAUAUCAAGUAACUCCUUAUAGUGUCUCUGAACAAUGGAGCAAAAUAGAUUGGCUUAACGCAUUGUCAAUUUUAGAGAGUAUUCCUUCUAGUAUGAAAAGGGUUGGAGAAAUGGUUGGAAUCGAGGAAGCUUUUCUUGUACGAGUUGCUAAAGGAAUGAUAAAUACAAAUAACGUUGAAAAUAGAAAUAAAUUAUCGAUUCACCGAAGGUUUUAUACUUCGUUGGCUUUGCAAGAUCUGGUUAAUGAAAUCCCUUUAUCAGAAGUAGCUAAAAAAUUUGAAUGCAAUAAAGGAAUGCUACAAUCACUUCAACAAUCUGCUGCAACAUAUGCUGGUAUGGUUACGGAAUUCACCAAGUGCCUGGGUUGGAAUAGCGUAGAAUUGAUUUUUUCACAAUUUCAAGAAAGAUUGCAAUUUGGUAUUCAACGCGAAUUGUGUGAAUUAAUGCGUUUACCGUUAUUGAAUGCAGUACGAGCCAGAGUUAUUUACAACGCCGGUUUUACAAAUUUAAUCAGUCUUGCCAAUGCGAAUGUCGUGGAAUUAGAAAACGCGCUAUUUUCAGUAGCUCCUUUUCAGAGUAAAAAAAUGAUUGCCGGAGAAACAAAAUUCGAUAAAGAUGAAAGAAAUAAAUUAGAGACUAUUUGGAUCACUGGUAAAGCAGAUUUAUCAAUUCGAGAAGCAGCAGAACUCUUAAUUAGUGAAGCUAGAAAUAUUUUAGAAUUGGAAUUAGGAUUAGAAAAUCCCAAAUGGGGUAAAGCGAAUAAUAGUUUUUCAAAGAAUGAAUCAUUUGUCAAAGUAGAAAAUCAUUCAGUUAUUCAAUUAAUGGAUAAGAUUUCAAAAGAAAAAUCCGUAGAAAAAGAAAAGAGUACUAGAGAAUUUCGGGAAGUAAAUCAAAGUGCCAAAGGAAUAAAUAAUGAUAAUCAAAACGAAAUUUUACUCGAAAAUAAAAAAUUCGUAGAGCAUAAAAUUAUCUGUGAUAUAAAUGUUGACAGCAAUAAUGCUGAAAUACAUCAAAUUAGCGAAUGUAAGAAAAAUAUUAAUCAAGAAAAGGACAUUGAAAAUAAUUUAAGUAUUAAUUCUAGUCAUAAUCCUAAUAAAUUAUCAUUAUCUGAAAAAUCUUUUGAUUCAAAUCAUAAGCAUAAAAGUAUUAUAAAAAAUGAUAACGUAGAAUUAAGUUCUAUAAGUAGUUUUAAAGAAAUAAAUUUUACAUCUUCAUACAUUUUCGACAUGAUACCCGAUUAUAUAGCAGAAGGACAAGAAAAUCAAAACGUCGAUAAUAACUCAGAGUCGGGUGAUCUUGAAAAUAAUUUUAUUGGAGCAGAAAUUAUGAAUGAUAGCAGUAAAAUGUAUAACGAUUCAAAAGUUUUAAGUAUUAGUAAAUUGAGUGAAGAUAUGUUUGAUAAAGAUAAUAGUUUUAAUAAAAAAAUGUCGACGCCGCUUCAUUCAAUUUCCGUUAAGGAGCGUUUGGAAUCUGAAAUGAAUAAAAAUCGUAUAAACGAAACGAGCAGCCCGGAUUUAUUUAGUCAAAGUUUAACUUUCGACACGCAAUUGGGAAAAAUUUUAGAUUUUGAAGAGCCACCAGUUCACGAAGUACAGUCUAAAGUUAAUCCGAGUACUUCCUUCAACUCAGACGAUUUGGGCUUUGUGUCCGAUUUAUCGCCUCCAAAACAAAAUUUAAAAUUUAUUCAAAACCCUGCUGGCUCUUCAAAACUUGGCCAAGAUAAUACAAUGAAGAAAAUUGAGGAAAAUCAAAAUUUUCCUUCUUCUUCUUCAUUGGAUUUAUUAGAAGUAAAAAUUAAUACGCCUGAAACUUUAAGGGAACCGCUGAAAAGAAAAGCCGAAGAAAUCGAUUCGCCGGAUUUAAUAUUAGAUUCUGACGAAUCGUUAGUUGAAACCAAACAUACGAGCAAACGCAUGAAAUGCAGUUUACGAGAAACCUACGGUACUUCCGGAAAAAAAUGGCCUAGAAAAAUAAAUAAUGAUAGCGACGAUGAAAUCAUGCCUACUCCCAAACUAGAUAAAGGUUCUUUGUCAAAUUUAUCCAAUAUAAAAAAAUUACUCAAUACUUCUUUUAAUGGCAACGUCGAAUUUAAAUCUAGUCAAAGUAAGUUCAAUUUUAUUAUUAUUAUUAUUAUUAUUGACCAUAUUAAUUGUUUUAUUCAAUUAAACUUUUUUUUUUUUUUUUGUAAAUAG